AUGGUUGCAGAGCCUUGGAUUUUGAAGAUGGGUAACCAGGUAAGCUCCAAUCUCAAGCAUGCUCUUCUUCUUCAACCCUCAAAGAAAUCAAGCUCCAAAAACCUACCCACCAGCAACAACGCCAAAACCCAGAAGCAGACCAUAGGCAUUCUCUCUUUUGAAGUAGCUAAUGUUAUGUCCAAGACUGUGUACCUCCGCAAGUCCCUCACAGACUCCGAGAUCUCAAAACUCAAAAACGAGAUCUUGAAGUCUGAAGGAGUACUGAACUUGGUCUCGUCCGACGAGGCCUAUCUUAUCGAGCUUGCAAUGGCCGAGAAGCUCGAAGACCUGAACCGGGUCGCUGCGGUUGUGUCCAGGCUUGGAAAAAGGUGUGUUGAGCCUGCUUUGCAGGGUUUUGAGCAUGUCUAUGCUGACCUUGUUAAUGGGGUUAUUGAUGUGAAGGAGUUGGGGUUUUUGGUGAAGGACAUGGAGGGUAUGGUUAGGAGGAUGGAGAGGUAUGUGAACGCCACUUCGAAUUUGUACAGUGAAAUGGAGGUUUUGAAUGAGUUGGAACAGGCCACCAAGAAGUUUCAGCACAAUCAACACGAGGAGAGCAAAAGGGCUUUUGAGCAGAAGCUGAUUUGGCAGAAGCAAGACGUGAGACACCUCAAGGAUGUUUCUCUUUGGAACCAAACUUAUGAUAAGGUUGUGGAGUUGCUGGCCAGGACAGUUUGUACCAUUUAUGCUACUAUUCGUGCUGUUUUUGGUGACUCUGUUUUGGGCAAGAACCAUGUUGGCCUAAUUGGCGGAGCUUCACCACCUCCUAUGUGUGGUCCGGUUGACGCGAGAAGGGUUUCUCAGGUGGCUUCUGAGCCACUGAAGAGAGUUCUUAGUAGGAAAAACGGGUUGCAUUCGGGUCCAGUUGAGAAAGCUAUGGUGGUGAAAAAGGGGUCAGCUUUUAAGCCUCAAUUUGAUUCAAGGAGAGGUGAAUUGGGAUUGUAUCGAGCAGAGGAUUUUAAUUUUCCGUGUGGAACUAGCCCGGGGAGGAUUUUCAUGGACUGCCUUAGAGUAAGCAGUUCUGUUAAUGAUGAUGAUGAUGAUGAUUAUGUUGGUGCUGGUAAUUAUGAGGAAAGGAGUAGCCAAAGUUCAGGUUGCAGUGUUGCAAAUGGUGGUUUGAGGAGAGACUAUCCGAACCAUUCAGGUUGUUUCAGUCGAACCCAAAUGGGUGUUCAAUCAAAGAGUGGUGGGAUGAAUGGUGCCAGGUUUGGUCCCAAGAGUAAGUUAAUGGUAUAUGCUCCUCCUUCUACCGUGGGAGGCUCUGCUCUAGCUUUGCAUUAUGCUAAUGUUAUAAUUGUUGUCGAGAAGUUGCUUCGCUAUCCUUAUCUUGUGGGUGAGGAAGCUAGGGACGAUUUGUAUCAUAUGUUGCCAACCAGUUUAAGGAUGUCCCUGAGGACUAAUCUCAAGUCCUAUGCUAAGAAUUUCUCAAUAUAUGAUGCACCUCUUGCGCAUGAUUGGAAGGAGACUCUUGAUGGGAUUUUGAGAUGGCUUGCCCCGCUGGCACAUAACAUGAUCAGAUGGCAGAGCGAGCGUAAUUUCGAGCAACAGCAGAUUGUUACGCGAACAAAUGUUCUUCUGCUACAGACAUUGUAUUUUGCUGAUCGAGAAAAGACGGAGGCAGCUAUUUGUCAGGUUCUUGUUGGGUUGAAUUAUAUAUGCCGUUAUGAGCAUCAGCAAAAUGCAUUAUUGGAUUGUGCAAGUAGUUUUGAUUUUGAAGACUGCAUGGAUUGGCAAUUGCAAUGCGGAGCUUCUUUUGUUGAUUGA